AUGCUCGAAGCGGCGAUUAAAACCGACUGGCAGGGUCGCAUCGCCGCUAUCAACGGCGCGAAAUCCGGCGAGUUGGCGUCUAUUGCGGAGGACGAAAUGGAAGGCGAGAAGGUGAUUGCGAUGGUGGAUGAGACGUUUCAGGUGAUGGGAACAUUCAAUCUGGCGGAUUUUAUUCCUUGGCUCAGCCCUCUAGAUCCGCAGCGCAUCUACGCUCGCGCGAAGCGGCUCAAUCCGCACUUCGAAGGAUAUGUUCUGGCGUGCAUUGCGGAGAGAAAGCGGAUGCUGGAAACGCGGAGGGGGAGAGCGGGGGAACGGGGAGUGGAAGAACGGAACAAGGGCGAAAAGGACGUGGGACUAGAAAGGUGGCACAAGAAUGAUGGGGAAGGAGGGAAAGGAGAGGGAGGUGAUGUGAAGCUGGGAGGAGAAGAGUCAGUGGCGGAACGAGUUUUGGUAGAUGCAUUGCUGGAAAUCGAGAGCCAAGGGGAGGAACAGGUAACGGGAAAGGAUAGGGUAACCAGGGAGGAGAUUAUGCUGCUCUGUUUGGAUUUGAUCAAUGCUGGCACCGACACCACUGCCAAGACUGUUGAGUGGGCCCUUGCUGAGCUGGCAAGUCACCCUGCCAUGCUGGAACGGCUCCAAGCUGAGGUGGAUGCCGCAUACUCCAAGUCAGCAGCUGGAUCAGCCACAGAAGUAUCAGCGGAGGAGGAAGCAGCAGGAGAAUGUAAUGUAAAACAGCACAAUGCUAAAUCAUCCCUCCCGGUACAGGAGAUGCCUUACCUCCAAGCAGUGAUUAAGGAAACUCUGAGGCACCACCCCCCAGUACCGCUCCUCAUCCCUCACAUGACAACUGCUAGUGUUUCUAUUGGCGGAUACACCAUCCCUCCCGACACAAUCAUUCAGAUCAACGCCUGGGGUCUCGCUCACGAUCCAACGGUCUGGAUCGACCCCCAUAAUUUUGAUCCCAGCAGGUUUCUCGGCCCAUUGGCCCCUGAUGUGACCGGGCAGGAUUAUGGUGUGCUGCCGUUCGGUUCGGGCAGGCGGGUGUGUGCAGAUGCUCUUGGGUGGGCAUUUCUGUUAAUUUAA